AUGGCUUCCCUUUUCAAGAAGAAGACAGUCGAUGACAUCAUCAAGCAACAGUCGAGGGAGCUACGCGGCACCCAGAGGCAGAUUACAAGAGACAGAGCGGCCCUGGAGAGGGAAGAAAAGCAAAUGGAAGCAGAGAUCAAGAAAAUGGCAAAGAGUGGGAACCGGGAGGCAUGUAAGAUCCUUGCCAAGCAGUUGGUCCAGCUUAGGAAGCAGAAGAACCGCACGUACGCCGUCAGCUCCAAAGUCACCUCUAUGUCCACUCAGACCAAGGUCAUGAACUCUCAAAUGAAGAUGGCCGGUGCCAUGUCUUCCACAGCUAAGACAAUGCAAGCGGUGAACAAAAAGAUGGAUCCUCAAAAGACCAUGAAGACCAUGCAAGAGUUCCAGAAAGAAAACAUGAAAAUGGGCAUGACUGAGGAUAUGAUAAACGACACAAUGGAUGACUUUUUGGAUGAGUCUGGUGAUGAAGAGGAAUCUCAGGACAUUGUCAACCAAGUCCUGGAUGAAAUUGGUAUCGAGAUAUCAGGAAAGAUGGUACGAGCUCCAGCUGCAGGAAAGAGCGUCCCUGGUGCCGCCGCAUCUAAAAAAGCGACAAUGUCUGACGAGGAAAUUGAGAGACAGCUCCGUGCCCUCGGCGUGGACUAA